AUGCCGUCUCAUUUGCUCCAACGAAUCGAUCCUGACCAUACCCCGGAGAAAGACAAAUCCCCGCGCGGGUCAGAAUCCCCAUCACCGGCACCGGCACCGUCACAAGUCGGCGAUAGUGAUGAUACCCCCGCCGGGAACGAGAGCGAGAGCAAUCCCGCUCCGGCAGCUUCACAAGUCGACGAUGGUGACGAUACUCCCGCCGAGAACGAGAGCGAGAGCGAUCUAGCUCCGGUAGCUCCGGCAGCUCCCGUUGGAGCGCGCAAGCCAAUCUAUGGUCGACGUCUGCGGAAGGAGGUUGACGCUGCGAAAAAGCGGGCGAGGGAAGACGAGCUGUCGGAGGCACUAGUUUUAGCGGAGGCUGAAGUCAGGCGUCCGCCUACCCCGAAGAAAAGCGCCCCGAAGAAGAGUGCCCCGAAGAAGAGUACACCAAAGAAGAGCACCCCGAAGAAGAGCACCACGGAGAAGAGCACGCCGCAGAAAAGUAACCCGAAGAAGAGCACCCAGAAGAAGAGUGCCCCAAAGGAGAACACCACGGGAAAGGGCACCCCGAAGAAGAGUACCCCGAAGAAGAGUACCCCGAAGGAGAACAGCAAGGAGCCUGCGGGUCGAUACCCGAAGCGGAAGCGGAAGGCUGAUGAUGAAGAUGGUGAUGCUGGUGAUGAUGCAUCUGACGCUGCUACCCAAAAGGAGGAAAAGAAGGGCAGGGCUCGGAAGAGGACAAAAGUCGACCAUGGUGUUGACGGUGAUGAUGGUGGCGAUGCUGCUCCUCAACAGAAGAAGAAGCCUGCUGCGAAGACAAAGAAGGAGAAGCAUAAUCCGAAGCCACAAGAGAAGCCUGCCCCAAAGUCGAAGAAGGAUAAGCCUGCUUCUAAGCAGGAGACAAAAAAAGGUGAGAGGCGAAGUAGGAGAUUGGCAAAUAAGCGGCCGGAAGUAAAGAAGGGGUUGAAGUGA